CUUAAUUAUCAUCAUUUACUGUGUAUAUAAGAGCUGGUGGUAAACGAGUAUAAAAAUUAAUUGAUAUUAAAUCAUCAAACGCUGCAGAAAACAAAGUAAAGUCUACUGAUUGACUUUAUUGUCUACUAAAAAUGUUAUCGAUACUCUACAUUUUAAGUAUUAUUGCAAAUAUAUAUGAAUUAUCAGCCGACGAGUCAGUUGAACCAAUCCCAAAAAUCGUGGGGGGCAAACUUGCCGACGAAGGACAAUUUCCUUAUCAAGCAUCUCUUCGUUUAAACAAUCAACAUUUCUGUGGAGGUUCCGUGAUAAGUGAAAGAUACAUCCUUACAGCUGCUCAUUGCUGCUCAGGUCUUGAUAACACGGUUAUCACGGUUGUAUUGGGCACAAACACUCUAGACAAAGGUGGUGAUCAGUACUUUUCGAUCAAGAAAUGGAUACAUCCUUAUUAUAAUUCCGUCUUCAUCUGGCAUGACAUCGCAUUAAUUAAAGUGAACAAAGAUAUCGUUUUUGGAGACAAAGUAAAACCAAUUGCUCUGCCCACCAAAAACUUUGACAAAUCCGAUUAUCCGGUCAUAUUGUCGGGCUGGGGUACUACUAGUUAUCCGGGAAAGACACCGAACGAUUUACAAUAUAUCCAGCUCAGAGUCAUCAAUCAAAAACAGUGCGCAGCUAGCAGCUUUCGCAUCACCAAAAAUAAUAUCUGCACGCUCAACAAAUGGGGCGAAGGUGCCUGUCACGGUGAUUCUGGUGGUCCUCUGGUGGCCGGCAAUGAGCAGAUAGGCGUAGUGUCCUGGGGAAUACCUUGCGCUAAGAAUCAACCAGAUGUAUACACGCGAGUUUAUGCCUAUAUGCCUUGGAUCGACAAAUUUAUAAAGACACGGCUUGGGGAGAGGAUGGUCAGCAUGAGCUCCAUGCUUGUAGAGACAGUCAGUAUAAAUUAUGAAGACUUUAAUGAGAGUUUUUUAACAUGUGGUACCUGUCUCUGCGUUUACGAUGGCAGCGAACAUACACCUAAAUUACUACCAUGUUCACACACGGUAUGUUUACAUUGUUUAACAAGAAUUGCUGCGUCUCAAACACGAGAGACAGGAGCAUUUAGAUGUCCCAUUUGUAGAGAAUUAAUAACUAUUCCUCGUGGAGGGGUACCUGCACUGCCCCCGAGUUUUCUCGUAAAUCAAUUACUGGAUCUUAUGUCUCGACAAAGACGAGAGGUCAUCCCAAAGUGUUCAGUUCAUAUAAAUCAGGAAUUAUUAUUUUGUGAAACAUGCGAUACAGUGUUCUGUACAGUGUGUACUAGUGGGACACAUGCAGGAACGUCACCUGGAUGCACAGAACAUACAAUUAUCCCUUUUAGUAUUGCGAUAAAAAGAAUGUCCGAAAUACUAUUGUAUAAAGCUAACGAGUGUAUAUCCAAGUUAACACAGGCACAAGAUUCUGUGAGUACUGAAUUGCAACGUUUGGAAGCCUCUACGGAAAAGUGUUUGAGCGCAGUAGAUACGGAAUUCGCUGAGAUUAUCGCAAAGAUAGAGAAACGUCGCACGGAAUUGCAAGCUGCCGUAACCGCUGCUGCUCGUGACAAGAAACACGUACUUGAAGAACAACAUUCUCUUAUUGAGGCAGAGAAAACCAAAGUGGAGAGAGAAUGUGAAGGAUUGCAAUAUCAGGUCGAAGUCCGAAAUAUUACUCAACGUAUUAACAGCUUGUCGGAUCAGCUUGAUGCAGCAACCGCUCUCAGCGAACCUAAGGAGAAUGCCUUUAUUACAUUUGAAUUUAAUCAUAACGACGCUCUCUUUCAAUUAGAGCAAGCAUUGAAUAACGUGGGACGAGUACGUUCUAGUACAACAUUACCAGGUUUGUGCCGAGCCAGAUUGAAGGAUCUAGCAAUAGUAAAGCUACAAACAAUCGUCGUAGUCGAAACGGUAGAUUAUCACGGUCAUCCUCGAAAUGUCGGUGGUGAUCUUAUUAGCGCCGAAUUGACGCUUGCUGAUAAUAUGCAUGCAGAAAGUCAGAAUGUUCCUAUUGAGACAGAAGUGAAAGAUCUGGAGAAUGGAAUUUACGAAAUUUACUUUCGGCCACCAACUGCAAGUCGAUAUGUUUUGAAAGUGUCGGUGUUCGAACGACCUAUUAAAGAUUAUCCGCUAUUUUUCGAUACGACUGAGCACAAUGAACCUAUUAAAACAUAUGGAAGACGUGGUAAUGGAAAAGAUGAGUUUCACCAGCCUGUUUCAGUCGCAGUGGACGAUGAAGGAGUGAUCUAUAUUUUAGACACUGGAAAUUCUCGUAUUAAGGUACUCAAUUGUGAUUUGGAAUUUCAAAGGCACAUAAACAAUGAAGGCUUAGAGGGUCGCAGUUGUACGGGAAUAGGUAUAUCUCAACAAGGUCUCGUAGUCGUGAAUUGGCGAACGCGAAAGAUUACGGAAAUGACUUCAUUAGGUGAUACAAUUCGAUCUUUCACGCAUAACGCAUUUCAAGAACCCAUAGACAUUGCAGUGGACAACAGUUAUGGGCAUAUACUUGUUGCUGACAAUGGUCAAAGCUGUGUAUUCGUAUUUGAUUCAGACGGCAAGAUACUGUUCCAGGUUGGUAAGAGAAGCACGUUCAAGCUAAUCAGUUCUGUAACUGUCGGUCCGGCCGGUGAGAUUUUAGUUGCCGAUAGCAGAAUUCAAGUGUUUUCCGCGAAGGGAGAUUUCUCCGAAGAAAUAUAUCCUGAGGGUAAAGGAAAAGGUACCUACGGAGGAAUAGCUGUAGACGCAGAUGGCAAAAUUAUCGGUACUCGUACAGAUAAGGGUCGUAGCAUAAUACAAGUUCUAAAAUUAGGGGGAGGUAAUGUCUUAACCGAAAUCGAUUCACAUACCUCGAAAUUGCGACGUCCCUCAGGCAUAGCUGUGCUGCCAGAUAAUCACCUAGUAGUGGUGGACUUGGGCAAUGAUUGUAUAAAAAAAUAUAGGUACUGGUAA